CUGCUCUCUGUUUGCUCUACUCUCGCUCACCAUGGCCUCCGAUGAACCCAAAGCAAAGAGAUCCAGAUUCUCGGAGGAGAAGAAGAAGGAGAAGAAGAAGGAGUCUCCGAGCAAAGAGACUUCUACCAAGCUGAGCACUAAUUCGCUCUUUGGUAUGGGAAACCCUUUGCUGGACAUCUGUGCCGUAGUGGACAAAGACUUCUUGGACAAGUACACGCUGAAACCCAAUGACCAGAUCCUGGCAGAGGACAAACAUAAGGCGCUGUUUGAGGAGCUGGUGAAGAACUUUAAAGCUGAGUACCACGCCGGAGGAGCCACGCAGAACUCUAUAAAGAUUGCUCAGUGGAUGAUCCAAGAACCUCAUAAUGUGGGCACGUUCUUUGGCUGCAUCGGCAAAGACAAAUUUGGAAAGACCCUGAAGCAGAAGGCUGAAGAGGCUCACAUCGACGCCCAUUACUACGAGCAAGACGAGGAGCCCACAGGGACGUGCGCUGCUUGCAUCACAGGAGAUAAUAGGUCUCUGGUAGCUAACCUAGCUGCUGCUAAUUGUUAUAAGAAGGACAAGCAUCUAGACCUGGAGGAAAACUGGAAGCUGGUGGAAAAGGCUAAAGUCUACUAUAUUGCUGGUUUCUUCCUCACCGUCUCUCUGGAGUCCAUCCUGAAAGUGGCAAAGCACGCGUCUGAAAAUAACAAGCUGUUCUGCCUGAACCUCUCCGCGCCCUUCAUCUGCGAGUUCUUCAAGGACAACCUCAUGCAGGUCCUGCCCUACGUUGAUGUGCUGUUCGGCAACGAGACGGAAGCAGCAGCUUUUGCUAAACAGCAAGAGUUCGAGACCAAGGACAUUAAGGAAAUUGCCAAGAAAGCUCAGGCUUUACCCAAAGACAACACAAAGAGGCAGAGGAUUGUAGUGUUGACUCAGGGGAAGGACAACACUGUCAUGGCCUCAGGUGACAAAGUCGAGACCUUCCCUGUCCUGAAGAUCGACCCAAAGGACAUUGUUGACACUAAUGGUGCAGGGGAUGCAUUUGUAGGAGGUUUCCUUUCUGAGCUGGUGCAGGAGAAACCACUGGAUCAGUGCGUGAAGGCCGCACACUACGCCGGCAACGUCAUCAUCAAACGAGCGGGCUGCACCUUCCCAGAAAAACCUGACUUCCACUGACACAUCCAGACAACAUUUCCUUCAGCCUGAAACCUUGCGCUUACAUCACUACACAAGUCUGACCCAUAAGCUCUGUUUUUUUAAGCAAUUACAAUCCUCAAUUCUCGUAGAAUCAUUUUAGUUUUCAAUCAGCAACCCGUCCAGAAUAUCAGUCGGCAUAUCAUUUCUUACCGUUUGUUGUUUGUGACUGCCACUUGGGAAUGCUAGAGGAUCAUGAUCCACUACAGGGAUUUAAAUGACCAUAGAGGAGUCAUGAUAACAACACGGGAUGUGGACAUUUUGGACCUAAAUGCAAAAUUGUGUUUUCAAAGACGGUUCUGUUGUUUUCGGAUCGUUUCCAAAUGUAUUUUGGCUCUGACUCUGCCAGCGUCUGGCUGCCAUGUCUCCCACUGACUGCCAUCGCACUCUGCUGCGAAUUCUCCUGUUGACAUCUCACAAGGGUGUUUUUUUUUCCCCUUCUCCUUGGACUCAAGUCAUGGGAGUUUUCGGAUACUGCUUUGAAAUUGUGCAGAAGUGAUCUUUUUUAGAUUUUGUAAGAUUAAUUAUUCAUUUAAUGUUUGUUUUAAUUAUAACAGGCCAGUUAUGAAACCAAAAGUUUUUCUUUUAAGCGCACACUUUUUUUAAAUGUGUCAAAGCCUAAGGCCCACUGCUGAGGCAACGUUAACACUGUUAAAUGUCACCUGUACCGUGUUAGUGAUUUCAGAAGUUACCGUCAACGGCGUUGCGGACGUAUUUGUGUUUUUCGGGUUUCUAAUGAUGAGUGCCUUUUUUUUUCUAUUCCAAUCUAUGUAAACGUUACGAAGCUUGAAGUAUUGAUAAGUUGAGGCCAGCAGUUUAACCAGUAAUGAGCAACUGGCAGCUUGUGGGGCUGAAGCAUGGACACAUGUCGUUGUAUUUGAUUGUUCUCAGAGGAAUACAGUGUUUAUUAAAAUGAACCUGUCCAAUUUGA